UGACGUUGGGUCUUGGAGGCCUUUUCCUUAGAGCAGGGAAACAGCUCUGAUUCAGAGGAACUAGAAGCCACUCCCUUGGUGGUGGGGAGAGAACUGGGAACUAUUUUCUCGGGAACUAUGGAAUGUGCUCUUGGGGCCCCAAGAAAACAAAAGGAAGAUGCUCCAGACCAGUAACUACAGCCUGGUGCUUUCCCUGCAGUUCCUGCUACUGUCCUAUGACCUCUUUGUCAAUUCCUUCUCUGAGCUGCUUCGAAUGGCUCCUGUCAUCCAGCUGGUGCUUUUCAUCAUCCAGGAUAUUGCAAUCCUCUUCAACAUCAUCAUUUUCUUCAUGUUCUUCAACACCUUCCUCUUCCAGGCUGGCCUGGUCAACCUCCUGUUCCAUAAGUUCAAAGGGACCAUCAUCCUAACAGCUGUGUACUUAGCUCUCAGCAUCUCCCUUCAUGUUUGGGUCAUGGCAGCGCUAUACUGUUACUUCUACAGGACAGCUGUGAGACUGGGCGACCCUCGUUUCUACCAGGACUCUUUAUGGCUGCGUAAGGAGUUUAUGCAAGUCCGAAGGUGA